GCUUCAGCCGCAAGAACUCCUCACUAUUAACAUAAGCUUCCAAUUUCAACCUUCGCUCUUCCUUCAAAGGGUCCCUUCACAUCCACCACCGCCGCCGCUGUUAAUUAUCGUCUAUCUCUCUUCCGUUUUCGUACCAAAGGAUUACACCUGCUUUCGUGUUAUGGAGCUCCCUGAUUCUGAAACACAGCCCAAUAGGCGUAGGAGAAAGAAAUCUUCUGUAUGGGAACACUUCACUGUUAAAACAACUGAACCAGGAUGUGCCAGGGCCUACUGUAAAAGGUGCAAAAAAUCAUUUGCUUAUAUGAAAGAUUCUAAACAAUCUGGCACCAGCCAUCUCAAUAGACACAUUUCUCUGGGAAUCUGCCAGAAAAAUCAACAAAACCAAACCCCGUGUUCCAAAACUGGUGCUGAUCUGCAGAAGAAGCGAGAAAGAACAAAACCUUACUUUGCUUCUAUCUCAUUUGACCAGGAGCAUUGCAAUGAUAAAAUUGCCAAAAUGAUUAUUUUACACGAUUAUCCACUUCAUAUAGUGGAACACCAAGGCUUCAUUGAUUUUGCACGGGCACUUCAACCUCAAUUCAAUCCACUGAGCUUCAAUACUGUCCAAGGUGAUUGUGUUGCCAUUUACCUCAGAGAGAAGCAAAAUCUGUUGAAUCGUAUUGGUGGGAUUCCUGGACAUGUCAACCUCACCUUGGACUUGUGGACUUCAAAUCAGACAUCGGCUUAUGUUUUUCUUCGUGGGCACUUCAUAGAUGGUGAUUGGAAAUUACAUAAUCCCAUUCUUAAUGUUUUCACGGUGCCAUUUCCUGAUUUGGAUGGUUCAUUAAAUCAAACUAUAGCGACCUGCCUAAAAGAUUGGCAUUUAAAGGGUCGCCUAUUUGCCGUUCUAUUUGAUAAACUCUUCUCCAAUGAGACACUGAUGGGAAAUAUGAGAGAUCAACUCUCUCUUAAGAAUCCUGUGAUCCUCAAUGGUCAAUUAUUAAGACAGAAUUGUUAUGGUCGUGUGCUCAGUUGCCUUGCAUUAGACGUUCUUUGGGAAAUGAGAGACACUAUUACUAAAGUUCGCAAGAGUGUGCAGUAUGUGAAAUCUUCAAAAUCAGUUGAACAGUUGUUUUUGGAGCUUAAACGACAACUUCAAGUUCCUACUAAAAUGGAUCUUUUAAUUGACGACAAAAAUAAAUGGGACACAGUCUACCAUAUGCUUGUUGCUGCAUGUGAAUUACAGGAAGUAUUUGCCUGUUUUGAUGCCUACGAUCCCAAUUACAGAAUGUCCCUUACAAUGGAUGAUUGGAAGCAGGUGGCAACUCUUUGUUCAUAUUUGAAGUGUUUUCACGACGCUUCUAAAAUUUUAACCAUCCAACCGUACCCAACAUCAAACUUAUUUUUCCCCGAAGUGUCAAAACUCAAGAUGCAGUUGACUCAUGCAGCAUCGAGCCCGGAUCCUUUCUGUUGUAGUUUGAUUAUGUCUCUGCAAGAGAAGUUCGAUCAGUAUUGGAGAGAAAGUUGCUUCAUCUUAGCAGUUGCUGUAUCCAUGGAUCCACGGCAUAAAAUGAAACUUGUGGAAUCCACUUUUUCUAAUAUAUUUGGUGAGAAUGCUGAGCCAUGGAUAAGAACUGUCGAGGAUGGUCUUCAGGAACUGUUCCUUGAAUAUAGUAUCAUACAAGUGCUUCCUUUUACCGAAACAAAUUUUGAUGUAGGGAAUGAUACUAUGAUGAAAACUGAUGCGUUUCAAGAAGUAUCACUUGAUGAAUCUUUUUUUCCUGCUGAAGAUGACCUUGCUGAUAUUGAAUUCUAUAUAUCUGACUUCACUACUAACCAGCAAUUUAAGUCUGAAUUGAAUGAGUAUCUGGAAGAGCCUCUAGAGCCUAAUGUACAAGAAUUUGAUAUUCUUAGUUGGUGGAAAAUUAAUGGAUCAAAGUACCCAACAUUGUCUAGAAUGGCAUCUGAUAUUUUAUCUAUGCCAGUAUCCACUCUCUCUGCAGAUUCUGUUUUUGACACAGAAAUUAGAAAAAUGGAUAACUACCGUAGUUCUUUAGAUUCUUUGACCCUCGAAGCCCUUAUUUGUACUAAGGACUGGUUCCAAUGUGAAUCAUUACCCAUUGAUGUUUCACAUGCACUUGUGAAAAUGGAGUAUUAGAUGAUAGAUUUUCCUCAUUUGGGGUCUAGUAGUUUUUAGGUAUUAAAAUGUUGAUGAAAUUUUGAUUGAGGUCAAUUAAUUUCUGUGAUUAACAGAUUUUUUUGUUUA